AUGAUGGGAUAUAGAGAUAUAGUUCCAAUUGGAACGACUUUAAUCAUCGGAGCCACUUGUUUCGGCCUCGGUGCAGUAUAUUCCAGUUUACCUUAUGAUAUAGAUACGCUUUGGAGAAAUGGAGGAGAAAAAGCAGUACAAGCAUCACUUGCUCAUUAUUCACAAUGGGGUAAUGCACCAAUGCCAAUUCAUUAUACAUUACAUUUUGUUGCAUUGUUGGGAUUAAUAGGUUCAUUUAUUAAAUUAUAUAAACCAAAUGAUGAUGCUAAAUAUUUCGAAUAUGGUUCAUUGGGAUUGUUUAUGGUUGCUUUGAUUAUCUAUUUGACUAAUUUGAGAGUGGGGGUUAAUUCAUGUUUGACUGGACAAUGGGGUGAAGUUGAUAUUGUGACUGGUAUUAAUGUCAUGGCUGCUUCUCAAGUUAUGAUUGUCUUGGUUUUGGUUGGUGUUUUGGUUUUACAAGGUGGGUUGUAUUAUGCUGAAUGGUAUGAUAAUAAAUUAAAGGAAGACUUUUAUAAACAAGAAGCACAAGAAGCUGCUAAGGCUGCUGAAAUGCAAGCUAAACAAGAAGAAGAAGCUUUAGCAACUGGUGCAAAGACUAAGAAGAAAGAAGGUGAUAUUAAGAAAAGAAAAUCUUAA